CCAAAUAGCUUGCUGCAAUUUACUGAUUUUUUUUUUUUUUAAAGCUUGCUUUGUUGAAUUUAGAAGAAUCUCCCAAGGAAGGCCCCUCUGUCUCUCUCUCUCUCUCUCUCAACCAUGAACGCUUCAAUCUCUCUCCUGCGCGGCACCUGCCCGCCCAACUCAAGAAGCACCGUCUUCGCCCGGCUGCCGGCGGCGCGUGACAGAGUGGUAGACUUCGGAAAGCACAAGGGCAAGAAGCUGGGCACCCUCCCAUCCACCUACCUCAAAUGGGUCUCCAACAAUCUCAGAGCGCGCGACUUCCGCGAGUGGGCCGAGCUUGCGGAGGAGGUCCUCCGCGACCCUCUCUACAGAGACCGAUUGGAGUGGGAGCACGCCCAGAGGCUCCUGAACGGUGACAUUUUGUCCUCUUCUUUUUCCACUUCCUCGAGGCCUGUGAGUGAUCAGCACGCCAUGGAUGCUUUUUUGGAGAUAAGCCAGAGGUUCGGGUGGGAUGUUGAGGAUAAGGUUGGAUGGAGAAAGGUCGAUUUUGAUCUCCUGGGGACCACCAAUGGGGGAAGAAUACCCAGGCUUGGCGGGGACAGGGAUGGAAAUAGGGGAAAAGGUUUCGGGUAUUUGGGGAAAGACGGUGCACAGAAGGUGGCGAUGGCCGUGGAGGGGAAGGGUAGAAGAGAGAGGAGAGUGAGAGUGAGAGGGAAGAGAGAGAGAAUGCAGGAGAAGUUGGUGAUUAAAGGGCAGAAUGUGGGUGAUGAUGAUAGUGCUGAUGGGUGUAAGAAUGAAUUAGGGUUUCAGAGGAAUGGAAUAAAAAAUCAAAGAGCGAGGAAUUACAAUCCAUUCCCUGGGCGCCAAACAUUCGUCAAGAAAGUGCUCAGCAGGGAAAGAUUCUUGUAAUCUGUUUUUUUAUUAAUGGGUUAUUUGCAACUUAGUCGCCCUCAUGCAAAUUUUCAAAAAUACAAAAAUGCUGGUUUGCAAGAAUGCAAUUUUUAACAACUUCAA